CAAAUGGCUAUGGGGAAUGACUCUUCUGUGACUGAGUUCAUUCUCACAGGACUGACAAACCAACCUGAACUCCAGCUGCCCCUGUUUUUCCUGUUCCUGGUGAACUAUAUAACCACUGUGGUAGGAAACUUGAGUUUAAUGAGUAUCAUUUGCUGGAAUUCAAACCUUCAGACACCUAUGUACUUUUUUCUCUUUAACCUCUCUUUUAUUGAUCUAUGUUAUUCAUUUGUCUUUACUCCCAAAACACUAAUGAGUUUUGUCUUAGAGAAAAAUGUAAUUUCUUUUACAGGAUGCAUGACACAGCUGUUUUUCAUGUGCCUUUUUGCCAAUUCUGAGUGCUAUUUGCUGACAGCCAUGGCUUAUGAUCGCUAUGUUGCCAUUUGUCAACCCCUGCUGUACAUGGUCAUCAUGUCUCCUGUGACAUGUUCCCUGAUGAUGUUUGGUUCAUACGUGAUGGGGUUUGUUGCUGCAAUUGUCCAUACAGGUUUUAUGAUCAGGCUCAGCUUUUGUGAUUCCAACAUUAUCAACCACUACAUGUGUGAUAUCUUCCCUCUUCUCCAGCUCUCCUGCAGCAGCACCUACGCUAAUGAGCUUGUGAGUUCUGUUUUUGUCAGCACAGUAGUCCUUGCAUCUAGCUUUCUCAUCUUAACCUCCUAUGCUUUGAUUCUUUUUAAUAUCAUUCAGUUGUCAUCAGGUAAAGGUUUAUGCAAAGCCAUGAGUACCUGCAGUUCUCACAUAAUGACUGUUGUCCUAUUUUAUGGAUUUGGUAUGCUUACCCAUAUCAAAACAUCAUCUGAUGAAUCAGUGAAUCAAGGGAAAUUUUUCUGCCUACUUUGUACAUUUUUGAUGCCUUUGCUGAAUCCCUUUAUUUACAGUCUCAGAAAUAAGGAUGUCAAGCUUGCGCUGAAGAGAACACUGAGGAGACUCACAGUGAGUGAACCACUGGGGCUACGAUAG